AUGGCAGCUGAGAACCAAAGUACAGUAAUAGAAUUUAUUCUACUCGGAUUUUCAGACAAUCCCAGGAUUCAACCAUUCCUGUUCAAGUUAUUCUCAUUUGUCUACAUAACCAAUCUGGCCGGGAACAUUCUCCUUAUAGUGGCCGUCAAAACAGACAACCAUUUACACAACCCUAUGUAUUUAUUUCUUAUUAAUCUGUCCAUUUUGGACAUCUGCUAUACAUCAAUCAUUGUGCCCAAGAUGCUACUAAACAUUGUUUGGUCAGCAAAAACUAUUUCAUAUACUGGUUGUGUGCUUCAAGUUUACUUCUAUCUUUUUGUAAGUGAGACAGAGUGCAUACUAUUGGCUUUCAUGGCCUAUGAUCGAUAUGUAGCUAUCUGUAAUCCCUUGCGUUACAAUGUUAUUAUGAAUACAGUCUCCUGUACAAGGAUGAUUGGCUUGUCUUGGAUGGUCGGUAGUACCAUAGCCUGCUUUGAUAUAUAUUUUGUAUGCCAUUUAAAGUUCUGUGGACAUGUCACCAUCAACCAUUACUUUUGUGAAGCUCCAUCCUUACUUCAGCUAUCUUGUGGGGAUAUCUCAAUGGACAACAUCAUAACUUUGGUUGGUGGGUUCAUGUUGCUUCUAAUUCCCUUGUGCCUCAUACUGUUUUCAUAUAUACACAUUUUCUUAAUCAUUGUGAAACUACCUGCUGGGCGAAGCAAAGCCUUCUCUAAAUGCAUAUCCCAUGUUAUCGUGGUUACCAUCUUCUAUGGAACGGCCAUAUUUGUGUACAUGAGACCAAGGAAUUCAGAUACUGGAGUGACAGACAAGAUAGUGUCGUUGUUCUAUACAAAUGUUACACCAAUGUUAAACCCUUUAAUUUACAGCCUAAGAAAUAAAGAUGUUCAAAAGGCUCUUGGACGGUUGGCAAGGCGUACAAUUGUGCUAAGGUGA